GAGAGAAGGCAAAGAGGCUAGGGUUUGCCAUGGACAACGGGCCGUCGAGCGGAAGAAGUGGGAGACGACAUCGUUUGCUAGGUUUUCUACCAGCUCGAUUCCGGCGGCUGUGAGGAGUGCCUUCGAACACAUGCUGCAGCUACAGUGCCUCGAUUGGUGUAGUAGAUCUAUCAAAUUGCUGCUCCAACGCUCAUUCCAUUGGAAGUCGGAAGAGGCCUGCGAUGAAGAAGAAGUCAAAGAGCUCAACGAUGUGCGUUUUCAUUUAUGGAAUUUUUUGUGUUCCCACCCAAAUAUAAUGGGCCAGGUCACUGCCAAAUGGGUUGGGUAAAAACAAGGGCACAAAGAGGAUAGCCGGGUGGGGGUCUUGCUCUAGAAGUCUAUAUGAGCACGGCUAUAGGGUGAUUUUUGCAGCAAAACAUAUGUUAAUUUAAUUGAUUUACUGUGAAGAUUUAAAACCCUUGGCAUGCAGAAGGUGGAAGGCCACCAUGGUGAGGAUGGUGGUGGGUUUGGCUAGGUUUUUGACCCUUAGCCCGACAAAGGGAUUCUGUCAACAAUUACAUUGGAGGUUGAAACAGCUAGGCAAGGGGAGAAGGUUAGCUCUUGAGUUUGAAACGGCUAAAACAACAAAAUAUAAUUGGAUUUCACUGGGUCGAGCCAAGGGUUUCAAAAGUAGCCAGGACGACAACAAUUGGAUUUCACUGGGGUGAAGAAGAUCAGGGAUGAGGUUGAGAUGAAUACUUCAAUUGAUUCAUCAGUUUGUGUGUUGAGGCAUAUGGAAGCACUAUGUGAUAUUCAUGUUGAGAUGAUGCAGUAGCCAAACUGAAGUCUCUUUGGACGUGAAGAGAAUGAUGGCUCAAUAUAAAAAAGCAGGUUAAUUUAUCGUGAGCAGUCUUUACACAAUGAGGCGAGGAAGAGAGAUGGGUUUGAUCCAUUUUCAAAGUUGAUAAUGGUGAAGUCGGACGACUGAUAACAAUAGAGAUUUGUAUCCUGAGAAUAGAGUAUCGGGAUAGGAUCGAAAUGAUAACUCUGUCUAUAUUUAAUUCCUGCUAUAAAAAAACUACAGACGAUGA